CACAACAUCCAACAUGUCUGCCGUCAUGUCUUCCCUCGUUUCGUACGGGAGCGAUUCGGACUCCGACAAUGACUCCGGCUCUGAUUCCGGAGCAGAAAAAGUGCAGUCGGUGGAAUCGGACGCUACGGCGCACCUCAAACCUUUACAGCCCGGAAAAACCAUGUCUUUGGCUGUUCUGAAUUCGGCCCCGGAGGUCGCUGUUAAGGAGUCUGUUGAGACUGGCACACACCUGGAUCCUUCACUGAAAGAAGUCUCAUAUAACCCAACGUAUGAAACCAUGUUUGCUCCUGAGUUUGGACCAACAAACCCUUUUAGAAGCCAGCAAAUGGCUGCUCCCAGGAACAUGCUGUCUGGCUACGCAGAACCUGCCCAUGUCAACGACUUCAUGUUUGAACAGCAGAGGAGGACCUUCUCCACUUUUGGUUACGCUUUAGAUCCGUCUGUCGACACGCAUCAAGCAGGCUCUUAUAGCUACAUUGGUGCAGUGGAUGAGGCUGAGAAAAAUAAAGGCUUGACGGUGUUUGAGAGCGGUGGCAAAAAGCCAGAGAAAAGGAAAAAGGUCAAAGGCGGAGAUGCAGGAGAAAUCGACAAUUUCCUUGGACCUUGGGCCAAAUACGUUGAUGAGAAGGAUGUUGCCAAGCCAACAGAGGAGGAGCAGAAGGAGCUGGAUGAGAUCACAGCCAAGAGACAGAAGAAGGGACGCAACGAGGAAGAAGCUCCUGCAGAAGAGAAAACCAUCCUUCAUGUCAAAGACAUGUACGACUACCAGGGCAGGUCCUACCUUCAUGCCCCGCAGGAUGUGGGCGUAAACCUGCGUACUGCCGAUGCUCCAGACAAGUGUUACCUGCCGAAGAAGCAGAUCCAUGUCUGGUCCGGACACACCAAGGGCGUCAGUGCCAUCCGGCUGUUUCCCAAAUCUGGUCAUCUGCUGCUCUCCUCCUCCAUGGAUUGUAAGAUCAAGCUAUGGGAAGUGUACAGUGAGAGGAGGUGCAUUCGGACAUUCAUCGGGCACAGCAAAGCCGUGCGAGACAUUUGCUUCAACAACACGGGGACGCAGUUCCUCAGCGCCGGGUACGACCGCUACCUCAAACUGUGGGACUCAGAAACAGGCCAGUGUAUCUCCCGCUUCACCAACCGGAAGGUCCCGUACUGCGUCAAGUUCAACCCUGACGAGGACAAACAGAACCUCUUUGUGGCCGGCAUGUCGGAUAAGAAGAUUGUUCAGUGGGACAUCAGGACCGGCGAGGUGGUGCAGGAGUACGACCGCCACCUGGGAGCCGUCAACACCAUCACCUUCGUGGAUGAGAAUCGCCGAUUCGUCAGCACAUCGGACGACAAGAGUCUUCGUGUUUGGGAAUGGGACAUCCCUGUGGACUUCAAGUACAUCGCCGAGCCCAGCAUGCACUCCAUGCCAGCUGUGACUCUCUCUCCCAACGGUAAAUGGCUGGCCUGCCAGUCCAUGGACAACCAGAUUCUGAUCUUCGGAGCCCAAAACCGCUUCCGACUCAACAAAAAGAAGGUUUUCAAAGGCCACAUGGUGGCUGGCUACGCCUGCCAGGUGGACUUCUCCCCAGACAUGAGCUAUGUGGUGUCGGGAGACGCUGACGGAAAGCUGAACAUUUGGGACUGGAAGACGACGAAGCUUUACCACAGGAUAAAGGCUCACGACAAAGUGUGCAUCAGCGCUCUGUGGCAUCCGCACGAAACCUCCAAGGUCAUCACCUGCGGCUGGGACGGACAGAUCAAGCUCUGGGACUAGAUCUGUCCGUCGAGGGUGAGGGAAUUCUGGAAUAAAGGACAAAACUUAAAGAGCUUUUUUUUUUUUUUUUUUUAGAGGAAAAGAGAAGGACUGGUAUCCAGUCUUAUUGUUGACGAGUAUUUUUAUAUCAUGCAAUGAGGAGCUCAAAACGUGUUCUGAUCAGAUAUUUGUGCAAAAGUGAAGAUUAGAGACUUUAAACCUGAAAUGUUCUGUGUAGUAAACCUUCAUUGUCUUCAGUGACAGUCGUGUUUUGAAUUGUUUGACUAUUUCCUUUGUGCAAAUAAAC